UUUUCUUUACCUUCCCAACGUGAUGCGAGUCAUUUACACAUAUCAAGUUUUCGCUUGUUAGUUCUAAGAGAGCUAGGAAUGAACGCAGUGAUUUUUUGGAUAAAGACAAUACUACUUUUUCGAAAUAUGUGACACAACUAAAAUAAUUUUAAGAUCGUAUAUUUCUAUACAAUAUCUAUGGCGAGCUCAGAUGAAGAUAUGGAUGGAAACAGAACAUUACCUGGGCAAGUCAAGUCCCAGUCAAACAGAUUGGAGAAAAACCAUGGUGAUACAAAACCUAGCAGCCCGGAGAGAAAUCCAGAUGAUAAGUCGAAAAGUGAGAAGAUACAUGCACACGAAAAAAGCGAUGAAGACGAUGAAUGGGACUGCGCUGAGGAGACGCCCAUGCAUGGGGCUAACGAUGAUGACGACAGCUGCUGGGAAAUGGCAACGAAAGUCGGGCUUGUUGUUUGCGGAAUACUGCUCUUCAUCGUUGUUUUCUGGUCUGCUUGUUUGUCAAGAAUCAUUAUACACAUAAUGAUAUGGAAACUAAACCCACCAUACACUAACAACAACUUCACUCUGAAUAGACUGGGUGGGACUUUGAUGCAACAGCUUCAAAGGAUGAGGCUGGAUAUUUGUGACGGUUUCACGCCAGAUGACUGUACAAAAGGGCAAGUUGUGAGGGGUGGCCUUCCGGAGUCGUGGGUGUGCCGGAAUGAGACUGCUGUCACCUGUCUGCUGUGGGAGGAAAUUCCUUCCGUCAACGUUGGCUGGAUCUGGGGGCUGCUCAUAAUAAUGUCGGUUCCGUAUAUCUACACCAUGAUUGUGUCUCUAUGGAGAAUUUGUUUCAAGAAAAAUAAAGUAGACGAUUUUAAUCUGAAAAUGUUUUUCGUCAGUUUGACAGUAGAACUUAUCCAUUCCACUGGUCUGUGCAUCCUGGUGUUUGUAGUCAUGCCAGCAUUCGAUCCAGCGUCUGCAUCUAUUCUUCCGUACUUUGUGUGCGUUAUUCCCAUUCUUUUAAGCGUCAAAUUCCAAGUCAAAAGGGAUGAGAAAACUAAAGUAAAAAAGAAAAGAAAAAGGCAUACAAAGUCAAAAGAAAAUGGUACCAAAAUGAUAGAAGUCGAAGAAGCUCCAAAACCUAAGAUACGACGAAAUGAUUUUCGAUAUCAAGAAGUCCCCUUCCUCGGUGUUAUCGUCUUUGUUGCCGCGUUGAUUUUUCUGUGUGUAUAUGUGUUUUUCUGCUCAGAAAGUAACUUUGUCACCACUCUUGUAUUGCUCUUGAUAUCAGUCAUCAUGGUUUCUGUUGUCUGGUGGGAAAACUUUGUGACAUCGAAUCUUACACAAACAUCUGACGGCGAAAAACAGAAACAAUCAUUUUUGAAGAAUUACGUGAAAUCGAAACGUGAAAAGGUGUCUGCUUUGACUUAUUUGAUCAAGAUUGGUUGGAUAUUUCUUGUCACUUUGAUCAUCUAUGUAAUUCAAUCUAAAGGAAGCACUUUGGAAACAGCGCGAGCUUUCCUGUACUUGGAUAAAGAGGCAACGGUACAGACUCUCAGUGGAACCAUUCGUCUGGAAUCGAGAUCAUAUAUAACAUAUGGGUGCAUGACCUCCAAUCCUUAUUUCAUGGCACUGAUAUGUUUCAUUCUGACUUUUGUAUUCUUUAAGGCGGCUCGAUACGCCUGUAGAGUUGUAUUACAGCGGAGAUGCUUUGCUCCUCCGAUCGGAUUGAAUCUGUUGUUGAUGCCUUUUGUGUUCGUCAUUCUUAUGAAGUAUCCCUUAUCUUUUACAACAGAAGGUUGUAAUGUUCUGCAGCCACUGUGGGAGCUUGACUACACGAAUUCUCUAGAGCGUCUUUGGCCACUGAUUGUAUCUGGUGUUCUUGGUUUGGUUUCAGUAGCUAUCUUAACAUUGUAUGUCUGGACAACCAAAGGCUCGAAGAUGGACAAAGUAGAAAGAUUGUUUAUGAAACCAGCUUAUUGUGGAUUGUUUCCCGAUUUAUCCCUGCUAUUAUCUAGAAGAAGAAUUGUAGAUGAUUCUGACUACUCUACAAAGAAAGUGGUAAUCCUGAAUCCAAACGAAGAAGACAAACCAAAGGAAGUGUAUUCUCCCAUGGUCUAUUUCUGUGCAACAAUGUGGCAUGAAACGGAAAACGAAAUGACCCAGCUUCUUAAGUCUAUAUUCAGAGUUGAUGUGGACCAAUGUUGGAAACGGAAUAAGCAAGCAUGGAAACAGGAACAAAAAAGAGGAUACUACGAUGAAGAAAUAUAUGAAUUUGAAGUCCAUGUAUUUUUUGACGAUGCUUUUAAACCCCGGAAAGUGAACGGAAAGUCUAAGAAAGGAAGAUUCGUGAACGAGUUUGUGAAACUUCUAGAACACUGUGUUCCUGAAACUGCUAAGUCUAUAUAUGGCAAUUACGAGUUGGCACCCGUGGAAAAGUUUGCGACCCCAUAUGGGAUGAAAUAUGUUUGGAACCUACUGACUGAAGAUGCCAAACUUAUUGUUCACCUGAAGGAUAAAUUUAGAAUAAGACAUCGAAAACGAUGGAGUCAGGUGAUGUACAUGUAUUAUUUGCUAUCUUUUGAGCUAAAUAAACUCAAACCAAAAUUACAAGAUUCGUGUAAUGCUCAGUCCAAAAAUCUAAAAGAAAUGAUUCACAAUCUUGCGCAAAAUACCUUUCUUCUGGCGCUGGAUGGUGACGUCGACUUUAAACCCGAAGCAGUGACAUUGUUGCUAGACCGAAUGAAAAAAAAUGCCGACGUUGGAGCUGCAUGCGGAAGAAUACAUCCCAUUGGUUCCGGACCAAUGGUGUGGUACCAGAAAUUCGAAUACGCUGUCAGCCAUUGGCUGCAGAAAGCAACAGAACACGUGAUUGGAUGUGUUCUCUGCUCGCCCGGAUGUUUCAGCCUUUUCCGAGGUUCAGCUGUUUUAGCAGAUAACGUGAUGAAAACUUACACCAGACAAGCAACAGAAGCCACUCAUCAUAUUCAAUAUGACCAAGGUGAGGACAGAUGGUUGUGCACGCUUAUGCUUAAAGAGGGAUUCCGCGUAGAAUACUGUGCAGCAUCAGACGCUUUGACGUUUGCCCCAGAAGGUUUCUUUGAAUUCUAUAAGCAAAGACGACGGUGGGCUCCAUCAACCAUGGCAAAUAUUUUGGAUUUGCUUCUAGACUGGAAAUACGUGAAGAAAAAUAAUGACAGCAUUUCCAUGUUGUAUAUCAUUUAUCACAUCUUCCUUUUUGUGUCCUCUAUAUUAACCCCCGGCACCAUAUUCUUACUUAUUUUGGGCGCAAUCAUUACCGCUUUUCCUACGAUUGAACCAUGGUUGGCAUUGAUUCUCAACAUGACCCCUGUCGCCAUACUAAUAAUUUCAAUAUUCCUUGCAAAGGAAGACACGCAGCUGCUGCUAGCGGGUAUAAUUUCUACCAUAUACAGUCUGGUUAUGAUGGUGGUGCUUAUUGGCCUGGUGAAAGAAGGCGUAGAAUCAAAGUUUUGUUCUGUUACCACAGUCUUCUUCUGUUUUGUAGCAGGGGUUUUCGUCAUCGCAGCUCUAAUCCAUCCACAGGAAUUCACUUGCAUUUUUCAUGGACUGUUGUACUUUCUUGCGGUACCUUCAAUGUCAAUGCUUCUGAUCCUGUACUCCAUCGGUAACAUGCACAAUAUCAACUGGGGAACUAGAGAAAACAAGUCGGCCGCUGUCCAGGAUACGGUGAUCAAGAAGAAAAAUAAAUUGGAAGGACAGACGUGCUCUUUUGGGGACUGGUGUCGAUGCAUGGUCUGUGUUCGAGAGAUUCAUGAACCUGAGCAGGAAAAAGGAACAAUUCAAAGGCCUGAACUUGUACCUAAUAAAGGCAAACCAGAUGGAAUGAAAAUUGAGGAAAAGACAGCUAAAGACAAUGCAGUUGCAAAAGUUGCAGAAAAAACAGGAGAUAGGAGAAAGCGAGGGGAUUUCAAAAACUGUGAAGACAUCCCAGAUGAAGAGGAGAAAUUCUGGACGGGAUUGAUUAAAAAGUAUCUGAAGCCUAUAGACAUAAAAUCAGAUGAACAACAAAGAAUUCAAGAAGAGCUACUAGAACUAAGAAAUAAGAUCUUCUUUUUUGUUUUUAUCGUGAAUACGUUGUUCGUAACUAUAGUCUAUGUCCUCACCCAAGUCAAUUCAUACCAGGGAACAUUGGAGAUUCCACUUCCUUGCAAUGUAGCUGGAGGCAAGCAGGGGAAAAUCGAACCAAUAUCGAUAGCCUUUACUUUGACUUUCGGUAUUUUGUUACUUAUUCAAUUCUUUGGAAUGAUUUACCACAGGGUAUCGACUUUAACUCAUAUUAUCUCGUCAACCAGACUGGGAAAGCAAGUACAAAUAAAAAGACCAACAUUUGAAGGAGAAAGGGAGAAAGCCGAACGGAUAACAGGAGAAGAAAGAGGGAAGGACACUACAGAGGGAAAACUUGCGGAAACCACGAAGGGCGGCGGUAGAGGUUGGAGCAAAGUAAGAGCUGGUGUUUUGAUGAGCGCAUCGUUGAUGUCGAUUUCAGGAGAGAAACGAAAUAAGCCUGUGCCACUGACGGACCUUAAAAAUGUUAUCAAAGAAAAGACAAAGCCGUUGGAUUCUGUUGUCGAAGAACAGGAUGACGAACUUUUAAGCAAAUAUUCUAAUAUUCCGGUGAUAAUACAGAGUGUCCGAGGUCUAAGUAAUAUUAAAAUUAGAAAGAAAACAGACAAGCAAGGAACAUCUACUGAGUGAUCAUGAAGCAGUUUUCAAAUCUUUAACAUUUCAGCUGCCAAUUGCUUUGGAGAUGAAACUUACUGUCAAUCUAAUCAAGAGUAUACAUGUAUAUUGAGAAAAUAUCUUCUAAUCUACAUUCAGUGUGGUCAAUAAUUAACAACAAAUGUGGUAUAGUUUUUUUCAUUACCACUUUUGAAGAUAUACCUUAAAAGCAUUCGGAUCCAAGGUUUUAUGUUCAUAACCGGAAUGCAAAAGUAUACAUUUGAUCGUUUGUUUGAUGAAGCGGUAAAUGUACACUUAAAUCAUUUCUUAGAAUAGUACAAAUCUCAACGACACGUGAUCGAUUACAGUUUUAUUUUCGUAGUGUGUUUUCAUUGGCCAGAUAAAAAAAUGGGAAAGAGAGAAUGUGUUACCCCAUACAUGUACCUACAAUAGUCAAUUAAAAAUACAUUUAAAUAACACGA